GAAAAAAAAGUCAAGGUGCCGACCCAAACCAAAAAGAUCUUCUCCUUGUUCUUUGUACUUGUUCAUUCACUUUCCAUUAAAGAGUUGUUGCUGUAUCGUGAGUACUGGGUUUUGUUUUUCUAAUCCUCGUCCGACCCUCCAGCCAUUUCUCUUUCUUUUUGUGUAUCAAGAUGUCCACGACAGCUGCUUUAGCCUCACAAGUUUCCAACUGGCACCACCCACUUGGUGACCCCAAAAAACCAAUCUCCUUCUCUGGACCUUCAAUUUUUUCAUGGCCUAGUACGAAGACUGGAAAGACACCAAGAUCUCUCCGUUUGUAUGGUUUAUUUGGAGGGAAAAAGGAAAAUAAUGAAAAGAAUGAUGACGCGUCAUCAAAGGCAGGAAUACUGGGUAAUAUGCAAAAUCUAUAUGAAACUGUUAAGAAAGCCCAAAUGGUAGUCCAAGUUGAAGCAGUGCGUGUGCAGAAAGAGCUUUCUACAGCAGAGUUUGAUGGUUAUUGUGAGGGCGAGCUAAUUAAGGUAACUCUUUCUGGUAACCAGCAACCUUUGCGCACUGAGAUAACUGAGGCUGCAAUGGAAUUAGGAGCCGAAAAACUCUCUCUUUUGGUUACUGAAGCAUACAAGGACGCACACCAGAAAAGUGUCAAGGCAAUGAAGGAGAGAAUGAGCACUCUUGCCCAGAGUUUAGGAAUGCCACAAGGCCUCAGUGAGGGAUAGAAAUGAUUUAGAGAUUUUGAGCUCUGCAUCAGUUUAUAUUGUUCAAGAUUUUAGUGAUAGAUAUGAGUUUUCAAUUUUCAUGGAUUUUGUUUGUCAUGUUCUUUAACAAAAUAUUCACACCACUGGACUGGUAUUUUGAGAAGAGGCGUAUAAAAUAAAUGAAAAUUAUUGGUAUAUAA